UGAACUUACGGUAAAAUCUGAGGAGAGAAAACCACAUCCUGUAUUACUUUAUUUUAGAAAUUUAUAUAGGAGGCAAGUUAGAAUUUUUGCUUAUUCCUUUUCUGCUUUUUCGAUAUUGCCUUGAUGGCUACACUUUAAAAAUGGAGAGUAUGGCCUGAGGAAUCAUGUUUGCCCUCUUCUGGACAACAGUGCUUUUCUCUUUGAGGGGCUCUAACACCUAUACAGCUGAAUCAUCCUUGGGAAGACCAUUCUGUAUCAAUGGAUACUGCAUUACUCUUAGUGAGGGAGUAAUAACAGCCGAGGCUGGACUCUGUGUUGUGAUACCAUGUUCCUUCAGCACUGCUUCUGGGUUUACACCAAAAAAUAUUGUCUGGUUCAAAUGUGAACCACAGAAAAGAAAAUGUUCGGAAUCUGAUAUAAUAUUUCACACAAACCGCAACAAAGUUCAACCAGAAUACUUAGGACGGGUUGUGCUGUUGGAUCCUGAUGUGAGUCGGAGGAACUGUAGCAUCUUAAUCAAUGACCUAACCUCAUUUGAUUCUGGAUCAUAUCGGCUAAGAGUUAAUGGUCUUUACAAUGAUAAACCAGACGGAUUUGCACUCCCUCAAAGCACCACCAUCUUUGUUAACGAUCUAAAGCAGAAGCCCACUGUGAUAAAUCUCCCACUGACUGAGGGACAACCGGCCACUUUCAGCUGCACUGCCCCUGGUUUCUGCUCCGGUUCUCCUCCGGAUAUCAGCUGGAUUUGGGGAGAAACUGAUACCAACGUCACAGCAAACAACACUGAUUUUAAAACUGAGAAUCUGACUGAAGUCACACAGAGACACAGCUCUACUCUGACCUUGAACCCAUCAGCUAAACACCACAACAGCAAUAUAACCUGUAAGGUCAGCUUCAAAGAUAGCAUAACUACAGAGGAGACUGUGAAUCUGAAAGUAAACUAUAAAAGAAAACCUCAGAUCACUGGAUAUACUACUGUGAAGACAGGAGAUGCUCUGAAUUUGAGCUGCAAUGUUGAUAGCUUCCCUCCAUCACUUGUUGUAUGGACUAAACAUUCACCAAGUGGAUUUUACUUCCUAAAUGACACUGGAUCAGCAACACUAGUCCUGUCAAAUGUGACAGCUGAGGAUUCUGGUCAAUAUGUCUGCACAGCGACUCACUUGGGCGUCACAGAGUCUGUAUACACUGAAGUAAAGGUGACUUGGUUUUCCAAGAUCCUGGAGGGUUCUGGAUGUGUGCUUCAGUCAGAGCUCCUAACCUGUGUUUGCAUCAGUGAGGGGUUUCCUCCACCCACCAUAUCAUGGCCACAGCUGAAGAACCAUACCGAGUACUCUGUCCUUAACACAGUGUCAAACUACACUGUCAACACCACGCUCACCAUAUACAGUAAAACCUUCAAUUAUAGCAGUGUUGAAUGCCACAGUAGCCAUGAAAAUGGAGAAGCAAAAGAAAAGCUCAAGGUCGAACAAGACUUCUCAGAAAAAGAAGCAGCCAUUAAAUCCAAAACAAUUUUAGGAACAGUUCACUGGCUUGAAGUCACUGUUUCCUUCCUGAUUGGGGUUCUGCUUUCAGCUGCCAUUUGUUGUUUGGCUGCACGAUGCAACAGGAAACAACAGAAGAACUCUGAGAAACUGGAGGAAACAAUGAAGAUGAUCUCUCAGGCAGAUCCACUGGUCGACGAUGUUAAACCAGUUCAGAAUAACAUAACCAAUGUUCAAGAGGAAACUGAGAAUGUUGCCACGGUUACAGAGAAGUCUUCUUUGGAACUCAGCAGUGGUCCACAAGAUGUGCUUUAUGCCAGUAUUGAUUUCUCUAACCUGAAGAGGAAUUCAAGAGCGGUAGCAAAGAGAGAGAGCACAUUGACAGAAUAUGCGGAAAUUAAACAAGAGUCCAAAGAGCAAAGGAAAGACAGUAGUGAAGAUGCAAAUAUAGCAUUGGAAGACAAAGAGGAGGACCUGAUAAUAAAACAAGAUGAGGAAAUAACCCAGUGUGUCUCAGAGGGGCAAGGAGGAGAAGUGGAGGCAGUUUACUCCACUGUGAAAGAUAUUUUAGAGGAGGUCGUUCAUGAUGAUGAAGUACUGGACUUACGGGAUGAUGGCAUCCAGAACCAAGAGCCAGUAGAAUUUGGAGACGACUCUGCUGAGAAUUUGAUAGAUUCUGAGAUGUCUCCAAAGGAAUCGGAGUACUCAGACAUUGACUUCUCUGCAAUAAAGGGGAAGAAUCCUAUGGAUGAAAAAGAGGAGGAGAACACCAGAGAGACAGAUGUGCAAACCAAAAAAAGGAAGAGGAAGGGGAAGUCAAGAAAGAGUCACACAUUUAAACAAUCACCAGAGAUAGAGAUGCAGAGGAAAAAGACAUACAGUUCCAGUUUAGCCUCUUUAGAUGCGAGUCCAAAUCCCACAUCGAUGAUCCCUCCAGUGACAGAAGGACAAGUAACUAAUCUGACUCCUACUCCAGACAUCUGCCCUGAUGGGGAAUCCUCUAACUUAAACUGUAAUUUAACUGGAUCCAACAAUACCUUUAACACAGCGAGUAACAAGACAGUAAAUGAUACUGAUAUUCUCAACAAAACAUGUGUGAAGACACUGGAGAUGACUGGAGAGACAGUUGUUGAUGAGGGUGAAACUCUCAAUCUGACCUGCACAGUGAAACCUGCAUCUAAAAUCACUUGGUCCAAACUUGGCUUAAACAAAAGCCUGAAAAAUGACAGUGGAUUGGACUAUGGAACAUCCACCCUCAUCAUAGAUGAUGUGACAACAGAGGAUUCUGGACAGUAUAUCUGUGCAACACAUCAAAACAAUUUAACAAAAGAGAUUAAUGUUACUGUGAUACAUAAGAAGAAACUUGAAAUUACUGGAGAGAAGACUAUUGAGGAGGGUGACACACUUAGACUUAUCUGUAAGGGUUUUCCUCAAUCUCUCCUCAUUUGGACUAAACUUGCCUCCAAUACAAGCCUGAUCAAUGGCACCGGAACAGCAACCCUCAUCAUUCAUAAUGUGACAAGCGAGAACUCUGGUCUGUACAUGUGCACUGAACAACACCAGAACACGACUCUGACAGAAAAUGUGGACAUAAAAGUAAAAAGGAUAAAAACACCAACGAUCACUGGUGAAUCCACCAUUAGACAAAACGGGAGCCUGAAUCUGACCUGCACUGUUGAUGCUUUUCCUUCUUCUAUCAUCACAUGGACUAAACCUGGCUUAAACGUCACCCUGAAGAGUGAACCUGGACUUGAAACAUUGACUCUGCUGAUCCAUAACGUGACAGAGGAACAUUCUGGGCAGUAUUAUUGUUCUGCAGUGUACCCUAAGAAGAAAUUGGUGCAAAACAUUAACAUUACUGUGAUAUAUCAAAAGAGACCUAAAAUCACUGGAGAGAGCACAGUUACAGAGGGCCAUGAUCUGAACCUGACCUGCAGCGUCGAUAGUUGGCCAUUGUCGUUCAUCACUUGGACCAAACAUGGGUUGAGAACAGCUUUAGAAAAUGGCACAGGCGCAGCCAGACUCAUCAUGUCUAACGUAACAGUUGAAAGUAGUGGACUCUAUAUCUGUUCAGCAAAGCAUCAGAAUGUCACUGUCACAGAAGAAGUUUACAUCAAGGUGAAUGUGCUGCCUAAGAUCCUAAAGAAGUCUGAAUGUAACGCUUAUUCGGAUGCCCUGACCUGCUGGUGCAUCAGUGAAGGCUUUCCUUCACCCACAAUCACAUGGGAGCCAUUUGGGAACUAUACUCACUACUCUGUCACAACCACUGUGUCAAACUACACAGUCAACAGCACCAUCUUCAUAAAAGUGAUAAAUCCCAUGAGUGUUUCUGCUAUUUGUGUGAGUAGGAAUAAAAAUGGGGAAACAAAAAGGAAUCUUACUACAAGUGAAGUGGAAGAGGAAGGAUAUUUCACAAAUUUGCUGAGGACUGUUACACAAAUGGGAAAAAUUAUUCCCUUUUUGAUUGGUUUGCUACUUUCAGCAAUUGUUUGCUGCUUGUUGCUGCUUUGCUGCAGGAAAAAAAAGAAAUCCCAUGGAGAUAUAUCAGAGACCCUGGAGAUGAUAACUCAAGAGGCAAAUGGUGACAACACAGGAGAUUACGAGCCGAUCCACGUCCAAGGGACUGCUGGAAGAUCUGAAAGCCCAGAAGUUGUAACAUCAGAGAUUGAAUAUUCUGAUGUUAAUUUGUUGUUAGGAAAACAACAAAAUUCUGAGGAAAAUGCAGAUGAAAAACCAAAUAAAUCAGAAACGGAGUAUGCUAAGAUUAGGCAAAAAGGAGCAGGGAUGAAGGGGGAUGGAGAAGGGCAGGAAGAGGAGGAAGAAACACUCUGUGCAACAGAAGCUGUGGAAAAUGAGGCUGUUCCAGUCUAUUCCAAUGUGAAAAAGCUAAAGGAUCAAAUAUGACUGCAGCAGCCUGAGGAAAGACAUGUUGAUAGAAGGAUUGUGAUUCUUCUUAAAGUCAAAUAUAUCUUGCAUUGGCUACAAAUGUAUUCUAGAAGCAACAAAGAGAAAAGUAGAGAGAUUUCUCUCUAUGAAUUGGUUUAAGGGAGAAAGUGAUUGUGUUGAAAGAUGGGAAAUUAAAGUAGCUUCUGGUAAAGCAAGCAGGUGUCAGAUGUGCUUUGCAUAGAUGGUUCCUCUUAAUGAGCAGAGUGAAACUUGGCUGAGUAAAUCAAAAGGUUUUUGAACAGCGGUGCAUAUCCCUAUAACAUUGUUCCUCUUUACUGAACUUU